AUGUUAGAAGGGAAAGCAGUCAUGGGUGAGACAGAUAUGAAGCAAACAAUGAAGGAAGAAGCUCUCCGUUUGGCCUCCAAAGCCCUUGAUUGCUUUGAUGUCACCGAACUCACUCAAAUUGCUCGUUUCAUCAAGAAGGACUUUGAUGGAAAAUACGGUUCCGGAUGGCAGUGCAUUGCCGGGACGCAUUUUGGAUCGUUUGUGACUCAUUGCAGUGGCUAUUUCAUCCAUUUCUCCGUUGGGAGCCUCACUAUUUUGCUUUUUAAGGGAUCACUUGGUGAACCAGAGUCCCAGACCAAUAUUGUAAAAUAG